UCCAGCUGCUUGUAGAAUUUAACCAGUCAAAACACUACACAGCAUGUAAGAUGUGACAACAUACUGGUAGAAUAGCUGGAGGCAUGCUAGCAAAUUCCAAUACGAGUGAGGAGAUAAUCUAACAGACUGCCGCAUCACAAUAGUGAGUAAAGGUCACAGGACACAGAAGAUGCAAUGUGGAUGUAUUAGGUAGCAUUUCCAGGUUUUAGGAGCUGGAGGGGAGGCAACAGCUAGACCCACCAGAGCAGAAUCUGAAGGUCUGAGAAAGGAUUCUGGCUCGGCCACCAACAGCUCAGCCACAAGGUUUGGCUCAGCCAACAAAAGCCCACGUGGGAGCCAAGUAGCAGGCUGUGAGUGUGCCUGUGCAAGACCAUGCUGACCCACCCACAAGAGGUGCGAGACGUUGGGCACAGGUGCUGGCUGCCAAGUUGGUUGACUGAACUUUGCAGAUGUAGAGGGGCAAUAUCGUUGUGGGCCACUAUCAGAAGGUGCAAUGACCAGCCAGUAAGGGGAUCACAUCUCCACAGUCCUCAGCAUGUCACAUACUUUUCUCUGCCUCCCAUCUAAAGUAUUCAAAGCAGAAGGGUCAUUUCUAAACUUAGAGGUGAGUGAACCGGUAACCAGGUGAGAUUAAUUAGAUGAAUGCAGAAUAGCUGGAGAAAAAUCUGAGGAACUGAGCGAUGGUGACUAGUAAACACAGAAGAAACAUGGAAGGGGCUGAAGAAAAACACAAACGGAUCUACAAACCAUGGGGAAAAAAGACUGAUGCUGAAAGAAUCUGGACAAAAAUGCACAGGCAACAGAUUGCUAGAAAUAACAAAGAAAAUCAACACAAAUGAAUCAAGUUAGAAAAAAAACCUAAACGACAAAACUAAACAACACACAGAUAAAACCAAAAACAGAAACAGCUGUGCAUCAGGACAAUAUUACAUGAACUUUUAAACAACACAUCUUUUCAGGAUAUAAACAGCCUGGAAAGAGUAAAACUAAUAAUCACUAAUUUUUGGAUCUCCCUUAUUUACAAUGUGUCUAAAAACAGCAUUUACAGUGUCCCUGAACAGGUGUUGCCGUCCACAGCUCUGAUACAGUUAUUUUCACUCCCAACUAGAAUACCUUGGUCUGGUGAAGAUCAUUCUUCUGUCCCACGCUUUCAGUUCCUGUUCUUGUAACAACAGUGCCUAAAACCUUCUUAGUGCAACAGUCACAGCCAUGAAAGGCACAAAAGAUAAUGUGUGGUAAUUUAUGGCGAAUUGUGAAGCAAGAUAUGAACCAGAUCUGAUGAAGCAUGACAUUGGCAUUUUUUUUCUGUAGUUUCCACAUUUUGUGGAUGAUAAGAUUAGAAGCUCUAUAAGUAGCCUGCGAGUCCACGAUGAGGGCUAAAGGUGCUGGCUGAGUCAGGAAACAAAUCCUUCUGCAUCAGUUUGUAAAUCUGUAUCAUCUCAUCACCUCCAUCAUGAAGCUGCUAGCUGUGUGUGUCCUUGUUUUCUCUGUGAUGGCUCAGACCAGAGCUGAUCCUGUCCCAGAUGAUGACUCUGCUGAUGAAGAACAAGUUGACUUGCUCCAGAGAUCUGAUCUUUGUCCUCCUGGCUGGACUCAGUUGAACAGUCGCUGCUUCAAAUAUGUUCCCAGACCCCUUUCUUGGGCUGCAGCUGAGAGAAACUGCCUGUCCAUGGGGGCAAACCUUGCAUCAGUUCAGGACAUGAAUGAGUACCAUCAGAUUCAGAACAUAAUACAAAUGGCAAGUUCUAUGUCCAAAGAAGCAUGGAUUGGAGGCAGUAAUGCGCAGGAGCUGAACAUCUGGUUGUGGACCGAUGGAAGCCGUUUCAGCUAUACACACUGGUGCCCAGGAGAGCCUAAUAGUUCUAAUCAGCGCUGUUUGCAGAUGAACUAUUCAGCUGAAAAGUGCUGGGAUGACCAGAUAUGCGCUAUUGAACUACCUUCUGUCUGCGCCAAGAAAGUCCAAUCAGUCUGAGGUUCACAGAGAGGCAGGAUGUUUAAUACAGAACUAGUGGGGGAUGGCUGUUAUGUGGUUCUGUUUACCUGCCUCUUUGCCGUCUCACAAAUAUCCUAAAAGCUCUUUCUGCUUCUUUACUUCAUAUAACUUAUCUCCUUAAUGUAGCCUAGGGAAUGAAGCCACAACGGCAGGUGGAUCGUCUCUUUAACUAGAGCAGACAGUGUUUUUAAAAGGAUCAUUUAAGGAAAACAUUCUUCUUUUCUUUGGCCUUACAGAAAUAAAUAUUUGAAGCAUAAAAACAA